AUGGACGCCGAGCGAGAAAACCUUUUCACCGAACUGAACGACGACAAGCAUUCCCUGAUGCGUGCAAAACUGUCUCCUGGAUAUUCGGGCAAGGAUAGCCCUGAAUGUGAGCCUAGUAUCGACCAGAUGGUCAUGGACGUCGUGCGCUUGAUCAAACGGAAAUAUCUCUCGGUGGGAUGCAACGUCAAGCCGCUCGACUGGGCCCAGCUCGCACAAUACUUCAUACUGGCCGUGAUCACAUAUCUCUCCCUCGGUGAGGCAUUCGGGUUCGUCUCUGACGACACGGAUAAAUAUACCUAUGUGAAGUCCAUGGAGGACAACUUCCCUAUCAUGAAUGUCUUCUCGGCAGGGCCGUUGCUGUCAGCUAUCGCCAGAAUCCCGACAGUACAAGCCAAUCUUGUGCCUUCACCAAAAGAGUGGGUUAGGGAAGGCCAAAGCGUGGGUUAUCGAGAAGUUGCUCGCCAGAUCAUAGCUGGCCGUUUCUCUGGUGAGAAGGCAGGACGCUACGAUAUGGUAACGUCGUUCAAGAACCAUGGGUUGUCGGAACUCGAGAUCUCAGACGAAUCCCUGUUCCAACUCCUGGCCGGCUCUGAUACGACGGCAAUCAUCUCGGGGCACAAGGUGAUACGCACAAUGGCGUCUACCUUCCUCCCGGGACUGAAGUCGCCUUUUGCGCUUGGAAUAUGCAUCGCCAUAAUACAGAGGUAUUACGGUGCUGAUGCGGAAAUCUUCCGGCCCGAGCGCUGGCUGGAAGCAUCUCCCGAACGCCUAGCUGUCAUGGAAGAGGCACACCAUCUUGUCUUCGGCAAUGGCAGAUUCCGCUGCAUGGGCGAGAACAUUGCAAGGUUAGAGCUGAACAAGAUCUUCGAGAGGAUCCGAAAGUUCGAUUAG